UCACAAGCCCUCUCCUCCCCAGGACGGAGGCGCCGCCCAGCAGGAGCGGCCCGGCAUGGGUAGUGGCGUGAAGGAAGCCUCCAUGCACCUGCGCGAGGAUGCUGACUCCGUCCUGCCCGCCCCCAAGAGAGACCACGGGCAAGUGCUGAGCUCCCUGCUGUCUGGUGCCCUGGCUGGCGCGCUCGCCAAGACAGCCGUAGCCCCCCUGGACCGGACCAAGAUCAUCUUCCAAGUGUCUUCGAAAAGGUUUUCUGCCAAGGAGGCCUUCCGACUCCUCUACUUCACCUACCUCAACGAGGGCUUCCUCAGUCUGUGGCGCGGGAACUCGGCCACCAUGGUGCGCGUGGUGCCCUACGCCGCCAUCCAGUUCAGCGCGCACGAAGAGUACAAGCGCGUCCUGGGCCGCUACUACGGCUUCCGCGGAGAGGCCCUGCCCCCAUGGCCUCGCCUCCUCGCGGGCGCGCUGGCGGGAACCACGGCUGCUUCGCUCACCUACCCGCUGGACCUGGUCCGAGCCAGGAUGGCCGUGACCCCGAAGGAAAUGUACAGCAACAUCUUCCACGUCUUCGCCCGAAUCUCGCGAGAAGAGGGGCUGAAGACGCUGUACCAUGGGUUCACGCCCACCGUGCUGGGUGUCAUUCCAUACGCGGGGCUCAGCUUCUUCACCUAUGAGACGCUGAAGAGCCUGCACCGAGGUGCCCUGAACAGAACACCCAGCCCGAGGGAAAGCCGGCGCCAGGUGGCUCUGCUGAGCUCUUCAGGAGUACGGCGGCGGCCGGCAGCCCUACCCCUUCGAGCGCAUGAUCUUCGGGGCCUGCGCCGGCCUCCUGGGCCAGUCGGCCUCGUACCCGCUGGACGUGGUGCGGCGGCGCAUGCAGACGGCCGGCGUCACGGGCCACGCGCACGGCUCCAUCCUGAGCACGCUGCGCGCCGUCGUGCGCGAGGAGGGCGCCGUGCGCGGCCUCUACAAGGGCCUGAGCAUGAACUGGCUCAAGGGCCCCAUCGCCGUGGGCAUCAGCUUUACCACCUUCGACCUCAUGCAGAUCCUGCUGCGGCAGCUGCGGAGCUAGGGGCCUCUGGGUUGCCGGAGCCGCGGAGCGCCUCGGCCGUGACCCAGGGCGGAGCGGCUAGUGCGAUGUUAAGGGGCGCUGCGCUGAGACCGCCCCCUCCUGAAGGUGUCCCCCCGACCCCCGAGACGCUCAUCCUUGAGGCGCUAUGACCUUUGACAUGCUGCUGAUGCUGGUGACCCCGUGCGGGGGCACGGAGCCUUCUUGUCCCCCUACCUGGACCCAGUGUGAGUGCCUGCCACCAGGCCCCCCAGAACACGACUCCCCACCCAUCUGUCGGCCUUCACAGCCUCUCCCCGGGGUCCCCAGCCUUCUCCCAGGAGCAGGUCUUCCUUGUGGUCCAGUUUGUCUCUCCCCAGAGGGUCCCAUGACCAGACCACGGCUCGAAGCCACCUUGGGCUUGGGGCUCACCCCCCCCCCGGGGUGCUGCAGAAAAAAAGCACCCAGGCCACGGCCUGCUGUGCCGGGUGCCACGGCCUGACAUCCAUGGGUCCCCAGGCCCCUGCUUGAGUGGGGUCUUGUCCAUGAUGUGGAGCAACUUAAGGUCCCCAAGGGGUAGCUUGAUGAACAGAGGCUCCUGGUGGCCCUCCCACGGGAGCUCCCCUGACAGUAGGGUGGGGAGUGUGGACGGUUGGGGGCUCCAGGGAGCCCCCCCAGCCGGUUUGUCUCCAGGAGAAGUCCCCAGGGUACCACAGGGACCUCUGCCCUCCUUUCCUAAUGACAUCUGACUUCGGUUUUGCCUGUGAACCGCGUGAACCUGGCUCUGUCCUCAGCGAAGCCCGGCGGGGUGCCGUUUUGUUCUUGUGUGGCUGGCGGGGAGGGUCCUCCUGACUGGAGCCAGGGGUCUGAGCGGGUGGGCUGGGCCUGCGUGCACCUGUGACCAGGACCCUCCUGCCCGUGUCUGUGCGGGGAAGGGCCCUGUGGCUCCCCCUGCACGCGUCCACUGCUGCCCCUCGUGUCCCCAGGGACCCAGGCAGCCAGGGUGGCUGUGAGACUGGGCUGGACAGGUGGGGCGCCUCGUGCUGGGGACCGUGACCCCUGCGCAGGUGAGGGCUUGGGGGUGAGGCCGCCCAGGCAGGUGACACCUGGCUGAUGGCUAGCAGCGCCCUCGUUCAGGCUCGGGCCGGGCGGGAGAGACGAGGCCCGUGGGGUCCCCACGCCCCGCAGGCCCGUCUGUCUUCCUCGUGGCUCCCCGCGGCCACCCUCCACUGGUCGCUGGGCCUGGUCUGGAGUUGUAUUUUGAUGCCAUGAAGACACUUUGUUUAUAUAUAAUGUUUAUAUUUUAAAGGUUUGUGCCAAGAGAGUAUAUUUAAUAAAAACCUAAAUGACUUC